UUUCACAGCAUCAAUAUUGCCCAGCAUGAUUGUUCAACUAAAUUAAUUCACCCUAUUUUCGCCUCUCUUGAACUCCAAUACCUCCCCAAUUUCACUCUUCCUCAAACCCUAAUCUUAACGCCUCCGCCUCUGCUCUCAGCCGUUCGCCGCCAUGACUGGAGAAGCUGUGAACCCAAAAGCAUAUCCGCUGGCAGAUGCCCAGCUGACCAUCACUAUUAUGGACCUGGUUCAACAGGCUGCGAACUACAAACAACUCAAAAAGGGGGCUAAUGAAGCAACUAAGACACUGAAUAGAGGAAUUUCAGAAUUCGUAGUCAUGGCUGCAGACACUGAGCCCCUCGAAAUUCUUCUUCACCUUCCUCUUCUUGCUGAAGAUAAGAACGUGCCCUAUGUUUUUGUUCCAUCAAAACAAGCUCUUGGUCGAGCAUGUGGAGUUACCAGACCAGUUAUUGCUUGCUCUGUGACAAGCAAUGAGGGAAGCCAGUUGAGAACUCAGAUACUGCAAUUGAAGGAUGCCAUCGAGAAGCUCUUAAUCUGAGUGUGAAAGGUCGUUUCCAGCAUGAUGGGCCUCUGAAUUUACCCGAAUUUACCCGAGGCUUUGACGGAGUGUGUGUUCUUAUAGAGGGGAUUAUCUAUACUCUCUUAUUCUCCAUGCAGUUCUAUAUAUUUACCCAAGUGUGUUACAUUACAAUGCGGAAGCUUCUUUAUUACUUAAUUUACAUGUUUUGAGGAUUGUAAUGUUCUUGAUUGAGUGAAGUUCAUGUUAUGCGAUGGGUUCUAUUCAAUUUCACAGUUUUCUUGUUAAGAAGCUUUGUUAUAAUGUUUGGCUAUGCUUAAGAAAAUCUUAUUAAGUUAACGAGUAAACUUAUAAAAUUUA